GCCUGUUUUCGGAGUCGCGCCGAGACCCAACAGCGUUUCUCCUCUUUCUACUGCGCACUUUGUCUGUCGAAAAUCCACCCUUUAUGUUCUACAUACGUCGGCGACAGCGGGGAAAGCGCAGGCCUGUGUGGCAUGCUUUCGGUGCGCCACGCUUUUAUGUCUUCGCACCCUCACUGAACUGUAUAACUUUUGAAUGAAACAAAAUGGCAGCCUUGCGGCAAACAUCUCGGGGAAUACUUGGUUUUUCUUCGAGCCUGUGUGCUGUCGGCACCUCCUCUUCAGUCAGUAGUCCCUCACGAGUUCUGUUGUACUGAUCGAUGGGUCCGCCUCUCGGUUUGCGCACGUGUGGUUAUCCCGGGUAUUUUGCAGCUUUUUAUUCGACUACCUUGGCAUUCACUUUUUUGUGCGGCCAUCGGGCGGUUCUCUGCUUCUCUUGUUUCCGAAGCUCACCUCAGUUCUCUGUGGAACGCUAGAACUCUCCUCAAAGAUAUCUUGUAUUCCUUAUCGUCCCCCACCUACGCGCCGAUAUUCCGGAAAGAAAACGCGGUCCUCGUAGCAUUUGCCAAAAUGCAGAGACUGAAAAAGAAGUCAACUCUUCCUCGAGCAGCACACGCAGAGACCGGCGUCUUGGGAGGGUCCAAGAAACGACAGGAGCAAUAUUCCAUUUCCUACGAAGCGUAUCGGCACUUCGCCUUCUUCACUGCUCUCUACCUUUCAGUCACGGGGAAACCCGCUGCGGCGCCCGACGUAGUCAGUUGGUAUUUCAAGGAGAAGUGGUACUGCAUUCCCUCGGAAAUCCCCAAGGCACUCACCUCUCGUGUGUACUUGCGUCUCGUCAACAAUCUGAUCGUCGACAACUGCGUUGCCGUCACCGGUGAGGACGACGACGGAAUUCCUUGUCUAGAAGAGGGAAAGAUGUUUCCGUUGUGGGCGUGGAAAGACGAAGUGUUUGAGUUCGACAGCAAGUCGCAACACGCUCACCGCCAUUUUCACUCGUGAGUGGAUGGACUGUCACUAACACGAAAUGCAGAAAAAUUCUCAGUUUCCCUGUCUCACAAAGCAUCUUCAUACAAUGGCGAGGAGCUGCCAAAGAAAAAUGGUAUGCGAAAAAGAGUCGAGACAUAAAACGAAAACAUUUCGAUUGUGCAAACAGGUCGCGGGUGAUGCCUACUGUGCAUACGGGCGUCGUUGCUAGAAGUGAAGAGGGCUGCCAGUGAAAAACGAGGGUUCUCGGCGAACUGCUGUAGUGUGGAGAGAGUGAUGUUCCCGGCGGAUAAUUUCUUACGGCUAGGCAGUAUGCGGGUGUUUUUUAUGGCUCUUGCAAUUUGCGGUGCCAUAAGUGACAUCGAUCAUCUCGACCUUCUUGCUAAUGGAGGGGACUUCCCGUAGUUGAUUUGUUUGGGGCUCCUCCGACAAACUCUCCUCAGGUGUUCAAGAAAAUAAAUUUUCACCGUUUCUUGUGCCAUAAAAGUUGCGAAAAGCAGCAUACUAAACCUUGGCGCACGAAUCUUACGCGUGUGCAAACUAUUAAGAGCACGGUUUUUGUGAAGACCGCCUGGUCCGGCCAUCAGGAAGGAAGCACAUUUCCAAGAACUCGAG